UCCUACAAGAUCAUCAAUUUUGCUCCAAGUCUACUGCAAAUUAUAGUAUCUGAUCAGGUUGAAUUUCCAGUGCGUCAAGCAGCUGCCAUUUACCUGAAGAACAUGGUGACACAGUACUGGCCGGACCGUGAACCACCUCCUGGAGAAGCAGUAUUUCCAUUCAACAUUCAUGAGAAUGAUCGUCAGCAGAUUCGUGAUAACAUUGUAGAAGGAAUAAUUCGCUCUCCUGACUUAGUGAGAGCCCAGUUGACAAUGUGCCUCCGUGCUAUCAUUAAACAUGACUUUCCUGGCCAUUGGACAGCCGUGGUAGACAAGAUAGGCUACUACUUGCAGUCUCAAAACAGUGGGAGCUGGCUUGGGAGCCUCCUGUGCCUGUAUCAGCUGGUGAAGACUUACGAAUACAAAAAAGCAGAGGAGCGAGAUCCUCUCAUAGCAGCAAUGCAAAUAUUUUUGCCUCGGAUUCAGCAGCAGAUGAUCCAGCUUCUGCCUGAUAACUCCCAUUACUCUGUACUGCUUCAGAAGCAAAUCUUAAAAAUCUUCUAUGCUCUUGUUCAGUAUGCAUUGCCGCUCCAGUUGGUGAAUAACCAGACUAUGACUCAGUGGAUGGAGAUCUUCCGUACUAUCAUUGAUAGAAAUGUACCUCCAGAGACUUUGCAAAUUGAUGAAGACGAUAGACCGGAGCUGGUGUGGUGGAAAUGCAAGAAGUGGGCAUUGCAUAUUGUAGCUCGGCUUUUUGAAAGGUAUGGAAGUCCUGGGAAUGUGACUAAAGAAUACUUUGAAUUCUCAGAGUUUUUUUUAAAAACCUACGCUGUGGGCAUACAGCAGGUUCUUUUGAGAAUCUUAGACCAAUACAGGCAAAAAGACUAUGUUGCGCCACGUGUUCUGCAGCAAACAUUAAAUUAUCUGAACCAGGGGGUUAUCCACUCUGUAACAUGGAAGCAAAUGAAGCCACACAUACAGAGUAUAACAGAAGAAGUGAUAUUCUCUCUAAUGUGCUACAAAGAUGAGGAUGAGGAGCUAUGGCAAGAGGAUCCAUAUGAAUAUAUCCGCAUGAAAUUCGAUGUAUUUGAGGAUUAUGCAUCCACUACAACAGCAGCACAGAAUCUCCUUUAUACUGCUGCGAAGAAGAGAAAAGAGGUACUACCAAAAAUGAUGGCAUAUUGCUACCAGAUUCUGACAGAACCAAACAUUGAUCCAAGGAAAAAAGAUGGAGCUUUGCAUGUUAUAGGAUCCCUAGCAGAUAUUUUACUAAAGAAGAGUGUCUUCAAGGAUCAAAUGGAGCUGAUGUUACAGAAUCAUGUUUUUCCAUUGUUCAUGUCUAACUUGGGGUACCUCAGAGCUAGAUCCUGUUGGGUACUUCAUUCAUUCAGUGCUUUGGAAUUUCACAAUGAGCUAAAUUUGAGGAAUGCAGUAGAGCUGGCAAAGAAGAGCCUGAUUGAAGAUAAGGAAAUGCCUGUCAAAGUAGAAGCAGCCAUAGCUCUUCAGACGUUAAUAAGCAACCAAGAGCAAGCCAAGGAAUAUGUGAAGCCUUAUGUAAGGCCAGUUAUGCAAGAGCUCUUGCACAUUGUUAGAGAGACGGAAAACGACGAUCUUACUAAUGUAAUCCAGAAGAUGAUCUGUGAGUACAGUCAGGAGGUAGCUACUAUCGCUGUUGACAUGACUCAGCACCUGGCUGAAAUAUUUGGUAAAGUACUUCAGAGUGAGGAAUAUGAAGAAGUAGAGGACAAAACAGUUAUGGCCAUGGGCAUCUUGCACACCAUUGACACAAUCCUGACAGUUGUGGAAGAUCACAAGGAGAUAACUCAACAGCUUGAGAGCAUUUGUUUACAGAUUAUUGGCCUUGUUUUGCAGAAACAUGUUAUAGAGUUUUAUGAAGAAAUUCUCUCACUGGCCUACAGCUUGACAUGCCAGAUGAUUUCACCUCAGAUGUGGCAGCUUUUGGGUGUUCUAUAUGAAGUUUUCCAGCAGGAUUGCUUUGAGUACUUUGCAGAUAUGAUGCCUCUCUUGCAUAAUUAUGUGACCAUUGACACUAAUACUUUACUGUCUAACCCAAAGCAUUUAGAAAUCAUUUAUGCUAUGUGUAAAAAGGUAUUAACAGGAGAUGCAGGAGAAGAUGCAGAGUGCCAUGCAGCCAAACUCCUAGAAGUAAUUGUUCUUCAAUGCAAAGGACGGGGUAUUGACCAGUGUAUUCCACUCUUUGUGGAGGCUGUUCUGGAUCGAUUAACUAGGGGAGUUAAAACAAGCGAGCUUCGUACCAUGUGUCUUCAGGUUGCCAUAGCUGCACUCUACUACAAUCCUGACCUACUUCUGCACACCUUAGAGAACAUCAGAUUUCCACACAAUCCUGAGCCCAUCACUGCACAGUUCAUAAACCAGUGGAUGAAUGACACAGACUGUUUUCUUGGACUCCAUGACAGAAAGAUGUGCAUAAUAGGACUGAGCAUCCUAAUGGAAUUGCAGAACCGACCGCCUGCAGUGGAUGCUGUGGCUGCCCAGAUUGUCCCUUCAAUCCUCCUCCUCUUCCUGGGCUUAAAACAAGUUUGUGCCUCACGAGAACUCACAGAACAUGAGGAUCAUGCUAAAGAUGAAAAACACGUUGCAGAAGAUAAUGAAGAGAUACCAAGUGAUGAGGAGGAGGCAAAUGAAGUGAGCCAGGCAAUGCAAGAGAACCAUAGUGGAGGAGGAGGAGGAGGUGGUGGAGGAGGAGAGGAAGAGGAUGAAGAUGAUGAUGAUGAUGACUGGGAUGAAGACGCAUUGGAAGAGACUGCUCUUGAAGGAUUCAGCACACCUCUUGACCUUGAAAAUGGUGUUGAUGAAUACCAGUUUUUUACGCAAGCACUUCUAACGGUGCAGAGCCGAGAUGCAGCCUGGUACCAUUCGCUGACAGCACCACUGAGUGAGGAUCAGAAGAAACAGCUGCAGGAAAUUUAUACAUUAGCAGAACACCGACGAAAUGCUGCAGAGACUAAGACAAUAGAACAACAAAGUGGUUACACAUUUGACAACAAAGGACUGAUCACAGCAUUUAACUUUGCUGGAAGUACUACCGGUGGCAACUGAAGGAUCAGCUACAAAGGUCAAUGGAAAGGGUCUCAUCUUUACAUUUUCUUGAAAUCAUCGUGACUUCUGAGUGAUAGGGGAGGGUAAUUUAAUGCUGCUGAAGGUUUUCUGGAAAAUAGCAGUGUGCUUCCCCCACCAGAAUGCUCUUUCUAACCAGCUACUGUAAUGUACAAAUUCUUGUGGUGUUUUUAUAAUUUGAUGGAUGGAAAGGAAACAUUUGUCCUCAAGGAAACCGAAUGACUGGGAGGAGCCAGGCUGCAUCUGAUUGAGUUGCACUUCUCAGGUUUUUGCUGUGCAGAAUUGAUAGAUUCAUAUGGAUAACAGUGCCUUCUGUUGUACAUGGAUUGCCUGAACAAAUGGAUUUUGGAGUGCAUUAUAAUUUUUUAAGUGUAAGGACAUUUCUUGGUACACUGUAAGCCUUGGUUCCAUGUUUUCCAGUCAUCUGCUUUUUACUACUCGGUUCAGUUGUUUGUCAGUUGCAUAUGCAUUGCUGGAUUCAGAAUAUUAUCUCAUCUUCUCUGUUUGGUGCACACCAAAUGUGUAGAGGGAAGUGUCUGUUGGAGUUGCAGAGCAUACACUGGUUAUGUCAAAGGGUCUUAACAAAAUUGCAGAUUUUCCCU